AUAUCAAAAUAUUACUAAACUUGGAUAGGGACUGGAUAGCCAUUCCCCUUGCAUAAUUGCAUACUACACUCACAAUUUACCAUCUAGAUACUUGCAGUUUACAUAUCUUCCACAUUGUUCAUCAACAACAAAGUUUGUAUCCUCCUUUUCCUCUCUGUACUGGUAUUCUCCCUGAGGAACUUGUUUGUAAUCAUCACCUGAAUCAAGGAAAAUCAAAGCGUGAACAAGUUCCGCGGAUUCACUAGCAUAGAACAUUUCCGUAUCACCAAGAAAUCUCAAUGCUUUAUUUAAUAAGUCUGUUUAUAUGUUGUUGUUCUGUAUCAGACAAUAGUUUACCAGGGUGUACGUUUUAUUUCUGUACAGGGUUAUUUGAUUGAGAACUUCAACAGUAGAAAAUUAUUCUUCUCAGUAAUCACUUGUGGGGAAGUAUUACAGCCAAGUAAAGAAAUGAUGGGUGUAAAUUCCCUGAACAGACGGUGAUAAUGUUUUAUUAUCUUACAGGUAGAAUGAACACCAAGAAUUUAUGUAUAAAAUGCUAUGCACGGCACUACUGAAGGUCGCAACAUCGCGUAAUGAGGCUAAGCAAAUCCACUCUCUCGUUGCUCAAAACAAGCUUAUCAGCAUGUAUGUGAAGUGCGGCAGUUUGAUGGAGGGUCGUAAAGUGUUUGAUGAAAUGGGCGAACGAGACGGCUUCUCAUGGAAUGCCAUGAUUUCAGGAUACAGAAGAGAGGGGUAUUCUCACGAGGCAUUGAAACUGUUUUACCAAAUGCAAGGAAAAGGCAGAGGAAGAAAUCCUACUCCUGAUCAGUUCGUCUUUGCCAGCAUUCUGCCCGCCUGUGCUAAAAUAGGAGCUUUGGAACAGGGGAUAAAUAUCCACCAUAACAUCAUUGAAAGCGGAUUCUCCUCAGAUGUUGUAGUUGCCAGUGCCCUUGUAGACAUGUAUGCAAAAUGUGGAUGCAUACACAAGGCACGUGAAUUGUUUGACAAAAUGUCUAAACGAGAUAUGAUCGCAUGGAAUUCUAUGAUUGCUGGAUAUGUACAGAAUGACUUUCUUGAUGAGGCUUUGCGCCUUUUCAAGAAAAUGCCCAGACCGGAUGUGGCCUCAUGGAAUGCACUCAUCACAGGAUAUGCACGAAAAGGUUUUCUUCACGACGCUUUGAGACUUUUCAAUGAAAUGCCUAAACGAGAUGUCGUCUCCUGGAAUGCCAUGAUUACAGGAUAUUUACAAAAUGGUGCUCUUGAUGAUGCUUUAAGGAUUUUCAAUGAAAUGCCUCAAAGAAAUUUGGUUUCUUGGAAUGCAAUGAUCGCAGGAUAUGUACAAAAUGGUGUUCUUGACGAGGCUACAAGGCUUUUCAAAGCAAUGCCUCGACAUGAUGUGAUCUCAUGGAAUGUGAUGAUUGCAGGAUAUGCACAAAAUGGUGCUCUUGAGGAGGCUCUAAGGCUUUUCAAUGAAAUGCCUCAGAGAAAUGUGGUCUCGUGGACUGCAAUGAUUGCAGGGUAUGCACAAAAUGGGCUUGUUGAGAAGGCUCUGGAGACUUUUAAACAAAUGUAUGUGGAAGGCGUACAGCCAAAUUCCACAACCUUUUCCGGCAUCCUUCCUUCCUGUGCCAAAGUGGGAGCUUUGGAACAGGGCAUGGACAUCCAUAGAAAAAUAAUUGAAGGUGGAUUUUCUUCAGACAUUGUAGUUGUUAGCGCCCUGGUAGAUAUGUACGCUAAAUGUGGAAGCAUACACAAGGCAAGGGACCUGUUUGACAAUAUGCCCGAAAGAAAUGUAAUCUCAUGGACUGCAAUGGUUGCAGGAUAUGCACAAAAUGGGCUUGUUGAAAAGGCCUUGGAGACUUUUAAUCAAAUGCAAUUGGCAGGUGUGAGUCCAAAUUCAACAACCUUCGUCUGUGUUUUAUUUGCAUGCAACCAUGCAGGUUUAGUGGACGAAGGCUGUAGAUUAUUCUGUGACAUUACAGACUAUUAUUGCAUUAUGCUAAACAUGGAUCACUAUGUAUGCAUGGUUGACCUUCUUGGCCGUGCAAGCUAUCUUGAGGAGGCUCUAACCUUUAUCGUCAAAAUGUCCAUCAAACCUGCAGUGCCUGUGUGGAUGUGUUUUCUUUGCGCUUGUAAACGACACAAGUAUAUAAAGGUGGGUGUAUUUACAGCAACUCUACUUUUUGAGCUGGACCCUGAAAAUGCUACACCUUAUGUUCUUCUAUCAAACAUCUAUGCUGAAGUGGGCAGGUGGGAUGAUGUUCAAAAGAUAAGGAGUUUGAUGAAAGAUAGAGGAAUUAAAAAGAUACCUGGAUGUAGUUGGAUUGAAGUCCAUAAAAUGGUGUAUGCUUUUUUAUGUAGGAGACACAUCACACCCACAAACAGAGGAGAUAUAUGCCAUGUUGAAGGAGUUAUCUUGGGGAAUGGAGGCAGCAGGGAACUUUCAGGUUCAAGACAUGUACUGAAUGAUGUGGAGGAGGAAAAUGAAAUUUUCAGCUGCCACCUUAGUGAGAAGUUGGCAACUGCAUCUGGUUUGUUAACAUAUCAUGCCAGUAACAUCCACAAGGGUCGUCAAGAACUUUUAUGUACAAAGAUAUUGGAAUGGUAAAUGUCCUGAGAUGUGAACCGGUUCCUAUCAUUUCAAACAAGGACGUUGUUCUUAUGGAGAUUAUUGAUGAUCCUAAGGGAAGGGAACACUAAAAAUGGGCUUGUAAUACAACAAGGAAGCCUAUGCAAGCCUGGAGAAGAAGAAGACAACAAUUUUAGCAUUCAUGAGGCUAAACAUAAGUUAUGGGACAACCUGUCAAAUCGACUGACUCAUAAAAUACAAAAUACAAAAGACAGAGGUGGUGGAAUAUGAAAAUGCUAAAGGAGAGGAACAUGCAAAUGUGAGAAAUGGGCAUAUGUCUGAUUGAAAUCUUGUCUUCCUAAAGUUGGAGCCUUUGCUUGGUUGGCAGUUCAGGACAGAGUCCUUACAGGUAUGAGACUAGACAGGCUUGGUAUUACUGUUGUUUUCCCUUGUGUCCUUUAUAACAAAAAAUUAGAAUCUUCUUCACACUUGUUCCUAUAUUGUGAUUAUGCUUAUGAAUGUUGGCAGUGGUUGUUUGAGAAGUUAAAUAUAUCCUUUGUUAUUGGUAAGGAUCUCAUUUCCCAUUUCAGAUCUUGGCCCUUUAUGUUUGCCUCAUCUUUUUAUGCAUGCUUUUGGAUCAUAUUUCCAUCUAUUGUGAUUUGAAAUGUUUGACUAGAGAAAAACAACGAGAUAUUUAAAAAAAUAGGGUCUCCUGUGUCUGAGGUUCUAUUAAAAAUUGAGUCUUCAAUCUUUGAGGUUGCUUUGUCAUUUAUUUAUAAGAAUUUGGAAACUCUUACUUCUUUUGCGCACUGGGAUAGUAGAGUUACUAGAGUUUGGAAGUUGUUGUCAGUUUUACCCUCUCAUGGCUCAAUUUAAAAAAAGAAUGAUGCAAUAGGUAAGAGAUGCUUUGCUAGAUGGAAACCUCCUUCGCAGGGGCACUUUAAACUGAAUUUUGAUGGGGCCUCUCGUGGUAACCCUGGGCCGGCUAGGGUAGGCAUGGUAAUAAAUGAUCACAAUGCAGAUUUUAUUCAAGCUAAGUGUCAUGCUAUUGGUUUUAAAACUAACAAUUAUGCGGAAUUUCAUGCUUUGUCUUUUGGAUUGGAUAUGGCAAUCUCUUUGGGAAUUAAGGACUUAAUAAUUGAAGGAGAUUCUAUGGUGAUUAUUCAAUGUGUUAUGAAAAAGAAAUCGAAUUGUUGGAAUUUGCAGUAUAUACUUGAUCUCAUUUUACAAAAAUUAGAAUUGUUUGAAUCUUUCUUGGUAUCCCAUUGUUACAGAGAAGUUAAUAAGAUUGCAGAUUAUUUGGCAAAUUUAACCAUUGAUAGCAAUGCUAAUCAGCGAGAGGUGGGUUUUGAGGAAAUUCCUUCUAGGGUAUGGGAAGGUUUGCAGCAAUAGUUAUAUGAUUUUCUUGAGUAAUGUUGAUGUAAAAUUUUAUGAUGAUAAUUAUUCCCGCUUUCCCCUUUCAUUUCAAGUAUUCAUGUUCGUUGUCUAGAGGAGAGUUCGAGCUCACGUUAUUUGAUACAAUAGUGUUUUUCCAAAGGUUUUUUGAUACUUUCUUUUUUGGCAGGAAGGUUUUUGGCUCAUGGGAUUUGGCACAGGGCUUUGGAAAAUUUUGUCUUCUUCCAUUGGUAGCAGCUGUGGAGUCUACAUUUGAAAAUUAUCCGAUGGGUUUUUUUUUGCAAAUUGUCAUAUGGGCUCUAUGCAAAACUGAUAUUAUAUGUGUUGUGACCGCAUUUUGUAUGUGGUUUUGGGCGGGGUGCAUAAACUGAUCUGUCAGAUACUAUAGGUUCAUUUUAUGAGCUGUGACCAGAGGUUUUCUU